GAUGGAAGGUUCUCUCAAUAGAGAUGUCAGUGGACAGAGUGAUCCCCUGACUUGUGCCCACGGCUGAUGGCGAGUUCCGGUUUUUAAAAACUGGGCGUUCAGGCCGGUCGUCACAUCUAACUACACUUCACUUGCCGGCGAUUGGUUGAGUUGAGGACGGAAGCUGUGGUCACGAUGUGUCGUAAAGCAGUCGGGUCUCACGUAGCUAAUAGCCGAUUGGCCGGUCUCUUGAGGCGGGAUAGGACGGUUUCCGCCUUGUUAGGUCUCCUUUGGGAUUUGUUCUUGUUUCUGUCCUUGGAGGAGGAGGCAUUGGGUGGGUGACAGAUCCCAGCCAUGCCCCUUUCAACCCAAGGGGAAACCCAAGGUGAAGAGCAGAAUGUGCUGGUUGCAAGUCUUGACAAUGUCAGAAACCUCUCCACCAUCCUGAAAGCUGUUCAUUUUAAAGAUCACGCUACCUGCUUCGCAACUGCAAAUGGACUCAAGGUCACAGUGGAAAAUGCCAAGUCUCUGCAAGCCAAUGCUUUUAUUCAGGCAGGGGUUUUUCAAGAAUUUACGGUACAUGAAGAAUCUGUGAUGUUCAGAAUCAAUCUAGCUGUCCUUCUAGACUGCUUGACCAUAUUUGGGACAAGUUCUUUGCCAGGCACUCAGACAGCCCUCCGGAUGUGCUAUCGGGGUUAUGGAUACCCUUUGACGCUUUUCCUGGAGGACGGCGGUGUGGUGACUGUAUGCAAAAUCAACACUCAGGAACCAGAAGAGAUCCUCGAUUUUGAUUUCUGCAGCACAAAUGUUGUGAAUAAGAUCAUCCUGCAGUCAGAGGGGCUCCGAGAGGCAUUUUCCGAACUAGAUAUGUCCAGCGAAGUAUUGCAGAUUACAGUGUCUCUAGAAAAGUCUAAUUUGAGACUCUCCACUUUUGGGAAUGCUGGAAGCACACAUCUAGACUACCCUAAAGAUUCAGACUUAAUUGAAGCCUUUCACUGUAACCAAAGCCAGACAAACAGAUAUAAGAUUGCAUUACUCAAGCCAUCAACUAAAGCACUAGUUUUAUCCUGCAAGGUGUCUAUUCGAACAGAUAACAGAGGCUUUCUCUCACUGCAAUACAUGAUCAGGAACGAAGAUGGACAGAUCUGCUUUGUAGAGUUUUACUGUUGCCCUGAUGAGGACAUAACUGAAGCAGAGAUUUAGCUGCGAAGUACAAACUGUUAUUUUGUUCCCCCUUUAUUAAAAGCCAUAUUGGAUGCUCAGCUGUAAAACAACGAAUGAAA